GCAAUGUGUGAGCUUCAAGCUGAAGGGCCUCGACGAGCAGGACGCAGAGAAGAUCAAGGUCGAGGUGAUCUUUAAGGGCCACGAGACGCACCGGCUGGCGCUUUCAAACUGGGACUCACAGGACUUGGUGGCAGCGUGGACCCUCCCUGUGUCGUCCUCCGGCCUGUCCAGCGGCACGUACUUCUUCCAUUUUCUGGUCAAUGGGACCUUCGCCCUCUCCGGUGAGCAUGUUCGCAUGGGCAACUGGAACUGCUUGCACUACAGCGAUGCAGUGCGCCGCUACCUCCUCACCCGUGAUGGGAAUUUGCCUCCUUUCCUGGACGGCCAGUCCGUGGAGCGGACGCGGUCGAAGAAGAUUACAGACAUGGAAACGAAGGCUGUGGUGGGAUCUGCAUCAUCUGCAGACGUUUCUCACGAGGAACCCUCCGGCCAGAUCGUGCGCCCCUACAGCGUGUGCGGCCAUUUGGGCGGCUACGGCUCCGAAGAGGAGGAGGAGACCGAGCAGCCCAAGAUGAAGGCCACGGCUCACUACUACGCGAGCUUCGCGAAGGAAGUCACGGAAGGUCUUUUCGACCGCGAGCUGAUGCUUCGGCUGGACGGCAUCAUCCUGCCCGAGAAGCCGCAGCCGCCCAUCGGAAGGAACGACGUAGGUGGAAUGGCCCUUCGCUUGUGGGCCGGAGCCCAUUUGUUGAAGAAGGCCCACGGCGCAUGCGAGGAUGCCUUCUUUCUGGACCCGCAUGCCAUUGGAGUUGCGGAUGGCGUGGGCUGCAUGGUGCAGUUCGCCAGCUACGGCAUCAACGCGGCCCGCUACGCCGCGGAGUUGAUGGAGUUCAGCUGCAAGGCACUCCAGCAAGAGGGCGUGGCCUCGAUCGACUGUAUCCCCAAUGACGUGGCCGAGCGCGCUGCUCGCGCCAUGGCGCACGGCGAGUCCCAGGCGGCAACCUAUGGCGCCUCCACGGUCUCGGUUCUUUGCCAGCAAGGAAACCUCGUUGGCGUGGCCAACCUCGGGGAUUCCGGAUUCAUGGUCCUGCGUAAGGGUCCCAGCGGCAUGUACAUUGUGAUGAAGUCGGAAGAGCAGCAGCACAGCUGGAAUUGCCCGUAUCAGCUGACCCGUCUCCCCAGGACUCUGAUCAACCGCUUCCCCAAGCUGCAGCUGGACAAAGCGGCAGACUGCGACCGGUAUACCGUGCAGGUCCGCGAGGGCGAUUUGGUCCUCAUGUUCAGUGACGGCCUGCGUGACAACCUUCAUGACCGCGAGAUCAUCAGCCUUGUGAACCGCGCCUUGUCCCCUGCGGCCGCUGACUUGGUGGGCCUCCUUGACCGUUGCACGCCGCCAGAGCAGGUCGCCAAGAGCUUGGCGUUGGCAGCACAGGAGCGCUCCGUGGACCCGAACGCGAAGGUGCCAUUCGUGGAGUACUCCAAGCGCCACGGCUUCGACUGCAUCGGCGGGAAGCAGGACGAUAUCACCGUGGUGGCCGCGUGGGUGGUGCCAGACGAGUCGCAGCCAGUUGAUGAAGACCUGGAUCUCGACGCGGUGAUGGAGGACAUGCACCUCCGUGAGGAGGAGGAACGCCGCUUGGCAGAGGAGGCACGCCUGGCAGAGGAGGCACGCCUCGAGGAGGAGGCACGCCUGGCAGAGGAGGCACGCCUCGAGGAGGAGGCACGCCUGGCAGAGGAGGCUCGCCUCGAGGAGGAGGCACGCCUGGAGGAGGAGGCACGCCUGGAGGAGGAGGCGCGCCUGGAGGAGGAGGCACGUUUGGCAGACGAGGCGCGCCUGGCAGAGGAAGCACGUUUGGCAGAGGAGGAGCGAUUGGCAGCGGAGGCAGAGGAGGCCGGAGACGAUGCCACACCAGCUGCGGAUAGCGCAUCCGUGGCAACAUCCACCGUGAGCCAGGAGUAUACAUUUGCUCCAGAGGCGGCAGAGCAGGGAGAUGAGGAAGAGGGCAAGGGUGCCGGGCGCCGCCGUCGCCAGGGUGAUUUGGCCGGGAAGAUUCACUCCGCCAAGAGGCCCACAAACACUUUCGAGAGGCGCAACGGCGAUGCCAACCAGCUGGCGGCCGGCUCCAAGAGCAACAAGAAAGAGAAGCUGGGAUCGCGUCGCACCGAGUUCCGGCCAGUGUCUGCAACGGCCAGACCGUGAGGCAACGGCCAGACCGUGAGGCAGAGUCAGAGAUAUCGUGAGAUCGAUUUGCGGAGUGAAGGUCGGCAUGAAGUGUCCAUCACGAAUCGAGACGAGAGCCUGAUUGGAGUGAAUUCGCGACUCACAGAAUCCGGCAAGAUGGAUUGA